CUGGACAGAGUGUAUUGGUUCAAACAUAAAUUCCGUGUCUGAUUCAGCUCCACGAAUUUGGGAAUCGGGUCCUGUUGUGGUUGUUGUUGUUCUGCUCCUCUGUGUUUGUGAAGUUAACCGAAAUGGAAACAGAACCAUGUGAUGCAAUGCACCCUAAAUCUCAGGUGAAGGCGACACUUCGCCUUGGCACAGAAUCAUAUUCUGUUCAAGCAACCAAAGGGUCUUCAUUAUCAGAGCAAUUAGUUUCCCUGAAAGAGGAAAGCAUGGCCGUGCUGAAGGAUUUCAUAACAAAGCAUAAUGUUCCUCAGGAUGUCCCGGAUGAGUCAUUAGAAGCUUCUUCAGAUGAUGAUGAUGAUGAUGAGAAGCCUCAAGUGAAGACUAAGAAAAGAGAAUGCUAAAACAUCAACGAAUGGGAUCAACGAAUGGGAGCCGAAUUUUGAUCAUGUUGGAAUCAAUGUCAACUCUUUGAUUUUGUUGAAAACUAUGGGAUGGACCAACAACAAAGAGUUGAAGGGAGUGAAGGAUGUAACUAUCACAUAUAACUCUAUAAAUCAAACAUUGAGUGUUGUUGUGACCGAUUACAAAGGUAUUAUUGAAACCAUUUCUCAAGACGUUAAUUUGAAAAUUGUCCUUCCGGAGAAGGUCAUCAUUGGUUUUAGUGGUACCACGAC